AAGGGGACGUUUAUUACUGAGAAAAUGGCGAUAGAAUUCAAAUCAGGCAAAUACAUCGCGCACAACAUUUCAAGUGAUUUAAUUAAAGUCGAAAAGUGAAGUGAUAUUAUUGAAAUUUAUUUGCAUUUCGGAAAACAUUUAAAAUCGUUUAGCAUUAAUAUACAGAGAAAAAGUUUUUGUUUUGAAAAAAAAACCUGAAAAGAAACGAUGGAAAUAGCAAUUAAACCAGUAAAUUCUCCUGAAAAAUUAACUGAAUCCCCAAGAAUCCAAGAUGAUGAGGUGGUAGUAAUACCAGCAGCAGAGGGUGCUGCCAAAGGACCUAUGGUUAGUCCUCCCGGUCAGCAGAAGCAGCAACAACCACAGCAAAAGACAAAACGGAAGCAUAGACGCGGUAAACCCAAAGCAAAAAAUGCCAAUAAACCAUAUAAGAAAACCAAUUGGAGAUUUCAAAUGCCACGAAUCAACUACAGUAAAUGUGCUUCGGCCGGCGGCAGUGGUGGUUGUAAUCGUCGAGAAAAAUUACAACGUUCACGCUCCUUAGUACCCUAUAAUACUAAUAAAUUUCUAAUGGAAGAACAUUUGGCAGAGGUGCCCAGUGCACUGCUAACACCCACAGGCCGUACAAGAGAUUCUAGUUUUUCCAUGGAUUCGGAAGAUAAUUAUUUUUUCUCUUUACCAGAAGAUGAAGAAGAAUUUCUAACAAAAGAAUUUGCUAAUGUUUACGAAAAAGCUAGAGUGGAACGUUUAGAGAGUUUAAGUAAGCAGGAACUAAUCGAGGAAUGUUUACAAAUAGAAGAUCGUUAUUCCAAAGAUCAGGGUAAUCAGCGGCAACAGCAACUGAAUAUACAGCGUAUAGCACAAGAAUAUAUGGCGAAAAUACGAGUAUUAGAUGAUAAAGUUAAAGAGCUGUCAAGGGAGAAUCAUAAUUUACGCUGUCAAUUAAUGCGUUCAGCACCAUUUGCAGCCGCAGCAGCAGCCUCACCACCCUCAGCUACAGCACCAAUGGGUGCCGCCUGUCAACCUACCCCCAUGGAUUCAUCCAGUGAGGACAGUGAAAGUGAUAGUUCAACAUCCAGUUCAUCAUCGUCCUCUUCAUCAUCGUCAAGCAAUGAUGAGCGCCAUCAACAGGUGCGACGUCGACGUAGUUGUUCUUCACACAGUUCUUUAAGUGAGUAUAAUGGCUAUAUAGAAAAUAACUAUAUGCACAAUAAUCUAGCAGAAGAACGACAAGGAGGAGAUGGUCUAGUAAACAAUAAUGAUCAACCAACAGCAGCAGCAUCACCAUCACAAGUAGAAGAUGAUUAUGAACGUCGACAGUUAUUGGACGAUCAUAUGGAGGAUGAUGAUGAUGUUGAAGGUGAUGAUGAGUAUGAGGAAAAUUCACCCAAAGUUAAUGGUUUUCAUAAAGAACAACACCAGCCACAAUUAAGUGUUAAUUUAUCACCAAAUGUAAAUAGAACCAUUGAAAAUAAUGCUGGCAUUCAAAAUGUUGCUAAUAAUGAUAAUAAUGGUGGUAAUAUUGCUGCAGAUGUUUUAGUAGUAGAACGCUUACAAAAUAUUUCAAACUAGUUACUUUCUGGCUCUGUAUUUCUCAUUAACAUAUUGUUAGAUGCAUACAAUACAUACAUAUUAAACACCCACCCCAUUAGUGUUCCUCGAAAGCAACAAAAAUCAUUUACUAUUGACCUCCUUCCCAACACCCCUUCCUCCCCAACCAAUUAUAUGUGAUUAAGAAAAGAAACAAACAA